UGAGAAACGACAUGUCCUAUGUGCCGUCCGCGACCCUAAGAAGUACCCCCACCAAAAGAGUGCGCCAAUAUUUCAGAGUUCGGGAGUAACGUUCUUGUUUUGUCCGUAAAUAUUACUCAGGUCUCUUGGGUCGACCGCCUGCUCAACUGUAUAUAGUGUUCGGUGUUCACCCCUUAACACUUCGAUAAUCCUCUUCUUCGAUUCUCAAGGGCCAAACACACGACUUUGAAAGGAAAUGGCCGAUGAAGUGACCCUCCUGGACUUCUGGCCGAGCAUGUACGGGAUGAGGUGCCGAGCAGCGCUGGCCGAGAAAGGGGUCGAGUAUGAGUUUAAGGAGGAGGACUUGACGUCUGACAAGAGCGAGCUCCUCCUUCAGAUGAACCCGGUUCACAAGAAAAUACCCGUCCUCAUCCACAACGGCAAUCCUGUCUGCGAGUCCCUCAUCAUCGUGGAGUACAUCGAUGAGACCUGGAGCCACAAGGCCCCUCUCUUGCCGUCCGAUCCGUACGAGCGAGCCCAAGCCAGAUUCUGGGCUGAUUUCGUCGACAAGAAGGUCUAUGAUCUCGGGAGGAAGUUGUGGAUGAGGAAAGGGGAAGAACAGGAUGCGGCGAAGAAGGAAUUCAUCGAAUGCCUGAAAAUAGUAAAAAGUGAGCUCGGAGACAAGGCUUUCUUCGGGGGCAAGAAGUUCGGGUUCCUGGACAUAGCGAUCAUCGGCUUAAACUGCUGGUUCUACACCUACGAGACGUGUGGGAACUUCAGCAUCCAAGCUGAAUGCCCCAAGCUCGUUGCGUGGGGCAAGAGAUGCAUGGAGAAGGAGAGCUUGGCCAAAACUCUCCCCGACCCACGAAAGCUGUGUGCCUUCAUCUUGGAGUGCAAGAAAGCGAUGGGCAUAGAGUAGGGGACUAUGCUUCCGCUUUUGCUAGACCCU